UCUUCAUCCUUCCAUGCCCUUACCUUACCUUACUUUGUCUUAAGCCGCGUUCAGACCAGAUAUACCACAGCUGCAUUAUCUUCCAGCGGCUCCUGCGCUGCCGCUUCGGUCCCGCCGCAGCUGCACUAAAAAUACAAUCAUGUAGAUACUGCACAUGACUGGUACAUAUAGUUGCUGUGAAAUGCACCGCCACCAUCGACUUCUUUCGCAUUUGUAUAUUACUCGAUUUGUUUUUUUCUUUUUUUCACUUUUGUUUUUUCGAAAAUUUUCUCUUCUUGUAUUCAUCUCGGCGAGUACGUCGAACCAUAAAAUCCAUGUUCACGGUCACUCAGUCCACGAAUGACCCUUUCGGAGGUCGUUUUGCAUCCCGCCACUGGGGCAGGGUCAUCGAGUCAGCUUAUAAAGUCGUCGAUGUACAGAUAGGAAUUAAGGUGUACGAAUGAUUCGAUGAAUGGUUGUUUUUUUUUUGUCCUUCUUUUCUUACAGGACGCUUAAGUUUAAUUGUUAGUUUUCCAAACCUUCGCAGAGGAUGGGCCCUCACCUAUCUCACAUCGCUUCAAUUACGGUUGAAAAUCGAUAAUGUGGAUUACGAUCCACCGAUUCUCAGCCAUCGAUAUCUAAUUGUAAAACAUGAUGCAGAAAAUAGUUACGGGAAUGAAAUGAAAUCGAAUUAUAACCGUAUGGGUGUAAUACAUCUUAUUUCAACCGAUUUGCGUUCAUUGAUGGUUUACCUAGACGCUAAUCAACCGUGACUUCGGGAAGAGGGGGACCCAGCGGACAGGGGAAUAUAGUCAGGACGCUAGAGCGUAGCGGCGGCGACAUGAAGCAUGCAGCAUGCGCGGUAGCGGUGUCACAGCUGCGCGGUCCUGCCUUCAACCUCUGGUGUCCGCCAGCCGAUACCUUGCCGUACAUGCCCUUCCCGGUGACCCUCUAUACUUUGUCGUCGAGGCCAAAUCGAGGGUAAAGGAGGUCUACGCGCAAACAUGUGUCCUGCUGGGCCAACAGGGCAUGUUGGACUGCGAAUUGUUUGGCCUGGCUAUUCUGUCCGACGGCGAGUAUCUCUUCGUGGACCCCGAAAGUAAGCUGAGCAAAUACGCACCCAAGAAUUGGCGAAGCUCUCACACUUACGGCCUGGAUAGCAGCGGGAGACCGGCAUUUGUCCUUUUUUUCCGGGUUCAGUACUACGUGGACACACCGCUGCUCCUGAGCGAUGAGACGACCAGGCAUCACUACUACUUGCAGCUGCGCGACAAUGUUGUUAGGCAUGGCGGCGGGGUGGAAAGUUUGCACCCUCACCACCCCUUUCAUAAACCAGGGGUUGUCGCGCCUUUGCUGGCCCUUGCGGGACUCGCUCUUCAGGCCGACCUUGGCGACUACUCGGAAGAGCGUCAUCGACCACAUGCCGGUUCGGUUGGUUACUGUAAAUCGACCGACUUUCUACCACCCCAUAUGUGCAUCGAGCAGAAUAUCCUCGGUAUUCUUAGCGCCCAGCAUAGAGAUAAUCGGGGUUUGUCCCGGGAGGAAGCAGAACUCCAGUACAUCCGGGAGGCGGUGCUCCUGGAAGCGCCGCUCAACGCGCACCUGUACAGACUUCGUAGGAGCAAAAAUGAAGCUGGCCCUGGACGCAUCUUACUCGCGAUCUGUGCUCGCGGUGUCCGCGUUUACACCGAAGAAGAAACACCCCGAGUAUUUGCUUGGAAUAACAUCGGCAAGCUAUGCUUCGACCGUAAAAAGUUUGAGAUCCGGGCAGUCGACCAGCCGGACAAGCUUACCUUGUACAGCGGAUGUGACGACAAAAGUAAACUGCUCCUCGGACUCUGUAGAGACACCCAUCAAUUUUCAAUGGCUAUAGCCCCCAGACUUAGUGAGGCGAGACGUCGAGAGGAGGAAGAGCGUAAAGUGCUACGAGACUGCUACAUGUAUCCAGCACGGUGCAAGCUCAGUUUGGCAGCACGCGGAGCUCGUGGAGAUCAACGGAUUUCUGUGAUUUCGAGUACUUCUUCGAACACAACGUCUGGCAUAGUGAGCGAUCGGGUUCACAGCGAAGACGAACCGGAUACCGCCCCCGCUUCGACGGAAUGCCUCCCUCGCCUUACCGAAUAUCCAAACCAUUCGCAAACACAGUCGGCAGUGAACGGAACCAACGGUGAUGAACAUUCCAGGCCAUCGUCUCCUACAUCUACAAUUGACGAAGUCGAUAACGUUGAAGCAGCCCCUUCAUCCGUUGUGCAACGAUUAGUCUCCACUGCGGGAACAACGGCGGAAGGUUCGCAAUGUAGUAGUAAUUGCAGUACGGUUGUUGUUGUAAAUGUUUCUGCCGGUGGACCACCUCAGAUACGGCGAGCAUCCGCAACUUCUAGUUUGGAACUUGGCUACUCUCACACAGCGCAAAAUUCCGCUGUUUCGUCAGAAGCUGCUAGCUUUCCAGGUGCCAUUUACGACAGAUGCAGAAAAGCGGCAAAAUAUGCGGGUACCGAUAUCGCCAGUGAAACAAGUGGCGUGUACACUUUGAGAAGUAGCGAGAUGCAAGACGAACGGAGCAUGGACCUCUACUCGCCGACCGGAAACGCGAAUGCUUCAUCCGCGGCGAGCGAUGUUUGCGCGCUCAGUUCCGUUCCUUCGACGACCGACGAAGCUUCCGUAACUUCAGGAUUUUACACAAUCCAUAGUGGCAUACGGUCGGAAACCAGCGGUGUUUAUACGGAGGAUGUGAAUACGGAGGACCAAGAGCCGAUCUACAGUGUCUGCAAAGAUGACGAUCAGGUUCAAAACGGCAAUUCAGGAAUUGGCGAGACUUUGCUGGAACAACAGCUUGAAGAUCCAAGGUCGAGAAGCAACAGCAUUUUGAGUGCCGGUAGUUUCAGAGGAGACGGAAGUGAUCCUUCGGACGUAGGGCCCCUUCUCUCUGCCGAUGAACUUUCAGAUUUAAUAGUCGGAAGGUAUCCGCCACGGAAAACGAUAAGUAAUUCUAUGGAUUCCGAUUGCGAUUACGUGACGCUUCCACCCCCUCCGCCACCUCCGAGAACUGAUAGCGACAGGCAACUUCCUCCACCUCCGCCGUAUCCGGUACACGGUGAUUACGCCACCAUAAAAUCACCGAGAAGUGAGGCUUCCAUCGAGCGAGAACCACCUCCGCCACCGCCGUACAAUGCUGUCAGGGGAGAUUUCGUACCAUUGCCACCGCGACGGUCCGAUCCUCCUCCGCCACCCCCCUAUACGGCGCCAAGAGAAAGAAUUCAGAUUCCGCCACCGACUCCACCGAGAAAUGACGCGGUCACUCCGCGAGAGCCACCUCCACCCCCGGCCUAUCCAGAAAUUUCUGAUCAUCAGGAAGCUGUCUCUAAUUUGUACCCGACUACCAGCGAGGAAUCUGGCACCAAAUUCACUUCUAGCAAAUCUUACGGAAAUUUGAUCAGAAACAACGUCGCUCCUACGUCAUCUCCAAACUUUUCCGGAGUCACCGCCAGUAUUGUUCAAAGUCCUGCCCCGAAACCACCACCUCGAAUACAACCGCCGACUUAUCCUGGAGACAAAAUGAAACCGACUCCAGUUCACGCACCUGUUGCCGCUCUGGUUGUCGGGCCCAACAAUUAUCUCGAUGUUCACGCGUCGAGGGGGGGACCUGUGCUACUACCUUACCUUGCACCACCACCCCCACCAGCCACGCAUCCGAGACAACCACCUCCACCUCCUCCUAGUUUAGCGACAGUCUACACGAGUCAGGUGGCAAGGUCGCAAAUCGAACAGUACAAACAGCAGUUGUACUCCGACGUAGAUUUCGUCAUGUUUCCGUUGAAGGAUCCAGCCGUUUCAAAACAGGAGUACAUCGAUGCUAAACAAGGAUCGCUCAUCGCUGCUAUGGCAGCAUAUCCUCCUCCGCCUUAUCCUACUUUCAACAGCAAAUCGUCGGUUGUCUAUCGAAGUACACCAUAUCUCCCGGGAUCUUCGUUCUCCUAUCCAUCGAAGUAUGCCUCCAACCAAAACUUGAGUAUCGUCGAUUCUUCCGGUAGCAAUUAUGUGCUGCAAAGUAAUAUAAGCAGCCAUUACGCUGCUAGUACAAGUUCGUUAUACAGUGGGGCGACAUGUUCGUCAGGGGGGAGUCACAGUCUAAGAAGAGAGCCUCCAGCUCCGACGCAUCCGCAUACCUUGCACGGGUUUUCUAGGACUAGGAGUGACGACAACAUACUCAAAAGCUUCGACUCCUCGCUCAAUACUAGAACUCAAUCUUCAUUGCAACCAAAACAUCGACGACUACCACCUCCGCCGCCACCGCCUCCUUACGAAAUCCAGACUUUGGAAAAGAGUCAACCGCUCCCAUCUACCUCCGCGUCUUCGGUUAAUACGACGAAGACGAAUAGUGGGGUCGCCACUACAUUGGGAAGGGAUGAUGGAAAGGACGAUGGAAUGUUAGAUAUACGAACAUUACGCGAGAAGAGUCGAAAUCUAGACUUGCCGUUAAUUUCGGCACUCUGCAAUGAUCGUUAUCUAUUGAAACAGACUAAAGCGUUUGUACUGCCCAAACAUCCCACCGAAGCUACCGUUGUAUCCUCUUCGAAGACAAGUUCAAGGACGAACGGUGGGAGUUCGAGUCGAAAUAAAUACCCGGUGAGCGGUUUAUCCACCACACAAAUUUCUAAGCCCCCCAGGAAGCCGACUACGAGCACUCACAGGCACCCAGGAGAGAGCAAAGGUAAUGCGUUUAGAUUAUUGGCCACUCCCGGACCUUCCCUAGCUAAGAAAGAUCCCUCGAGAGCCUCGCAUUCAUAAAACUCGUGUGACUGCGUCGUAACCACCAGUUAUCCUAGUCAGACCUGAGAUAUAAUUUCGAUUCAAUUCCUCGGACGUCGAUUCAAGACAAAUUGAUCGUUGCACUACUCAAAUGGCUUGUGGGAAAACUUGUAGGAAAUCAAGAGGCGAAUAACCCGAACCGGAUUAUAUUUAAUAGUCAAAGUUUCAGAAGGACUAAUGUCCAUUAAUCGCAAAUGGGAGUUGAUUAAUGAAGUUGAAACAAUGCUUUAAUUGAAUGCAAGUCAUUAAAAGGUCGUACUCUCAUUUUUUUCGGAUCAUCGCGGUAGUAUGAACCUUGACAGCGAGUGACUUAUCACCGAUACGAAACUUCAGAAACGGACAGCCAGUUUUAUCGGUAAUUAGAAUGUAACCAUAACAUGAAUGGGUACGAGUGACUCCGAUGCACUUGUCACAUCAUUAGGUGUCACGAUCAUGCUAUUCACCAUUUGGCAAACUAGUAUUUUGAAUUUCUUUCUUAUAAUCGUACGAUAGUUGGAACAAUCCGUGACUUUGUUGUCAUUCAGUGUGACGGCCUUGUACGUCAGGUUGGAUUGUUUCAUAUAAUUAGUCAGAGGCGUGUGAAAAUGUAAAACUAGUUUCUGACUAGACGCAAUCUUUGUUUUUAACUAUUAUAUAAUUUUAUACAGUUUUUGUAAAAUACGGACUGUUCCAAUAUUUUUGUGAGUGGAACUUGUGGAAGUGUGCCUCGCAAACAUACCAUUAAAUCGAUAGUUACAGCUAUAUAAUUGGGAAAUCAAAAUGUGGACGAGAAUAAAAGUUUCCACCUCAUCGUCAGAGGUCUGCGGUUACGGUCGUAAGAGCCAAAGACUUUCUGAGGUAAUUUAAUUGAACCCUACAGUUCGCAUAUAUCAAGUUAUCGACUUUUGGCUCCGGAUCCUAACGGCACUACUUGAUUUUUCAAUUGCAUUUGUAGUAUUUAUCAGAAUAUGUCUCGAAUACAAUAAAUUAUAGGAAAAGGCGGAGCGAAACGGGGUACUCGAGGAAAACCCGAGCUUUGUAAAAAAACAAUUCAUAAUUAUUUCAUUGGGUAUUGAUAAUCCAAUUCUGAAUUACAACAGUUACAAAUGUUCAAAAUCCAAAAUGAGUUUGAAGUCCUCUUCGAUCAUUUUUAAAAAACAUUCUACUAAAUUUUUGGGGGACCCCAUUUUGUCCCGCUACCGCGCUUUGCUCCGCCUUCCCCUAUCGAUAUUUUUGUGCCAAAACAAAAAGCAAAUAUCAAGAAAUAAUUAUUGAGGACCAAUGGAAAUAAGGUAAACAAUAUUUUUCCAUGUUUGAUAGAUAUCGGACUCUACAUGAAUUAAAUAUUAGUCAAUUAUAAUAUCGAACAAAACUGCAUGGUUAUGUAACUUUCAAACAAUUUUCAUAGUCCGUGCUUCUUCAACUCAGGGUGCCAUUUUUCAUCAUAUAAUUUUUGAUUUCAUAUAAUUUUCAUUGUAUCUUGUGACGUAUUGUAACUGGGGGGAGUUUGAAUCGGAUACCGUGGAAACUUAGUGCAUGCAGUGUGAGUGUUAUUUAUUCAUUCAUGACUUAUGAUCAUUAUUUCAUUUCGAUCAUUUUGACGACAAAAAUUACGAUACUGUUAUAAUUGAAAAUACGGAUUGAUAAGUUCAAACGUGAAUGUCACAUACAACGAUAGGAAGUGGUUACAAAAUCAAAUGUCUUGUAUUUUUUGCUCAAUUGUGUUAUUCAUGACAUGUGGCGGAUAAUUUUAUACAUAACUUUCGUAUAUUUAGUUAGCAAUAUAUUUAAUUAUAAAUAUUUCGAAUGACUCACCGUUUCGAGAGGCACUAUAAUAAUGAUAUUAUUAAGUAUGAUUUAGAAGAAAAAAAUUCUUGUUAAUUCAGCAAAAUUCAAAUGUAACCACAAAAUAUUGAAUGUAA